AUGUCAUCUGACCUCGUCAGUAGAGGAUACUUGUCAACCAUACUCAGCCCAUCAGGCGAACAAUGGAAGAAGAUGAGGAAAAUACUCACUUCCGAAGUUCUCUCACCUGCUAGACACCAUUGGCUUCAUGGCAAGAGAGCCCAAGAAGCUGAUCAUCUAGUCCACUACGUGUACAGCCAAUGCAUGAACUCCGUGACUGCAGGUUUAGUAAAUGUUAGAGUCAUUGCCCGGCACUACUGUGGGAAUGUGAUAAGAAAAUUGAUUUUUAAUAAAAGGUUUUUUGGGGAGGGGAGGGAAGAUGGGGGACCAGGUGCUGAAGAAAUAGAGCACAUUAAUUCCUUAUUUACCAUCCUUAAAUACCUUUUCUCAUUUUGCAUCUCUGAUUAUGUCCCAUGUUUUCGUGGCCUUGCGGACCUGGAUGGUCAUGAGAAAAUAAUGAGGACAGCCCUUGGAAUUGUGGUCAAAUAUCAAGAUCCUCUGGUUGAUGAAAGAAUCAAAAAAUUGGCAAAUGGUUGCAAGAAAGAGGAGGAGGACUUGCUUGAUGUCCUUAUUACUCUCAAAGACUCGGAUGGCUGUCCCCUACUCUCACCACAAGAGAUCAAAUCACAAAUUGUUGAACUAAUGAUAGCAACAGUGGACAAUCCUUCAAAUGCGGUAGAAUGGACGCUUGCUGAGAUGUUAAAUAAACCAGAGGUACUGAAGAAAGCAGUGGAGGAACUAGACAGAGUUGUAGGGAGAGAGUGGCUAGUUCAAGAAUCAGAUUUUAUCAAGCUCAAUUAUGUGAAGGCUUGUGUGAAAGAGGCAUUCCGCCUCCAUCCAUUUGCACCUUUUAACCCUCCUCAUGUGUCAAAGAAAGACACAACUGUGGCAAACUAUUUCAUACCUAAGGGCAGUCACGUGCUGUUAAGUCGUCCAGGACUUGGGAGAAACCCUGGGGUUUGGGAGGAUGCACUAGAAUUCAAGCCAGAGCGCCACCUCCAGAACGAUAGCUCCAGUGUGGCAUCUACUGAUCCAAACCUGCGCCUAUUGUCAUUCAGCAUAGGAAGGAGGGGAUGUCCAGGUGUUACUCUGGGGACCUCUAUUACUACCAUGCUUAUGGCAAGGCUCCUCCAAUGUUUCACUUGGAACUUACCACCCACCCUAUUCAUGAUCGACCUUCGUGAGUCUGAGGAUGACCUCAUUCUUGCUCAACCUCUUGUUGCUCUUGCAGAACCACGGUUGAGUGAAAACUUGUACACUUCAUCUUUGUCGAUAUAG